CUCACAGAUGACAUAUUCUUAUGUCAACCGAUAUUUUUGUCAUUUUUACAAACACAAUAUAUAUAACUUGUUAUGUCUAGUAAUCGAAAAAGAGUUAAACUUGCACCAAAUUUAUCAAAUGUGAAUUAUGGAGCUUCCUGUUCUAAAAACGUUCCUGACAGUCCGAAGAGACAAGCCCAAAAACGAAAGAAUUCAAAUACUACAAACGACAGCUGUACAGCAAAGCGGAAUUGUCACAGAAAAAUACCUCCUCCUGUAAUUACUAGAAAUUUGGCACAAAAUAGACUGAACAAACUUAAAUAUUCAUUACAAAUGGAUUUGUUGAUGAGAGACAAAAUUACUUCACCAGAAGAAAGUGAGAUUCACGUAAGUAAAGAAAAACCAGAAGUUCUAAAUCAGAAGGAUAACGAAAAGGCAAAUAGUGGUGAAAAGCGAAAAUCAAACGACUCAUGUGAGAAAUUAUCAACGAAGAAGUUUAUAUGUGACCCAUGCUUCAAAACUGAUUUAACCAAUGUAGGAACUGAAAAAACUACAAAGACACAAAAGGAUAAUAAAGUGUCCAAAGAGCCGUACUUAUGUAUUGUUGUAGACACCAAUGUAUUCAUCUCAGAUCUUACAAUAAUUAGGAAUAUCAUUGAAUUAACAACAGCAGGGCGAAUUAAACCACUAGUUUACAUUCCAUGGAUGGUUAUAACUGAGCUCGAUGAAAUGAAAGACAGACCAGGUGAAAAUUCAUUAAAAUAUCAAGCUCUUAGGGCGAUUAAAUGCAUUAAUGAAUUCAUCAGCAAAAAAGAUCCUAGAGUUAAAGGACAAUCAAUUAGUGAUAUGAGUGAUCAAAAAUACGUGGGAAUAAGCCAAGAUGAUAAAAUUAUUGGAACGUGUUUGCAAGCACUGGAAAAAUAUGAAGUAGUAAUAUUGCUGUCAAAUGAUAUUAAUCUAAGAAAUAAAGCCAUGAUCAACGACAUUCUAGCUGAGUCUUCCAAAGAAAUCAUUGUAAAAAUUACAUCAAUUACUUCAAAAACUACAAAGUUUGCAAAUAUUAUGGAACCAUUGAGUACUUUGUGUUCUGCAGUAAUUUGUGAGUGUGCUAAAGAUGCUUAUGGUGACGUCUGGUUAAAAAUGGAUAUGCUAUCUGGACCUCCUUGGUCUCUUUUGGAAUGUCUACGACGGUUCCAGAAGUAUUGGACGGCAGUAUUUCAAGAAAAGCUCAUGAAACAGUUUAAAUGCACAGUGGACAAAUUGUUUCAGUUGCUAAAUUCUGGCGAAGAUCUUUUUGAUGAUUCAGAUCCUUAUAAGAAGUUUGUGAAACUUUCUCUUGAUCUUUGCAUUUUUCUGCAAGACUUGGAAAAUUUCCGACUGUCUUCCAGUAGUGUUAUAAAUGAAAUAACGAAAUGUAAUUCGAGAAUAAUAAAUAACUAGUAGUGU